AUGGCUACAAUCACACAGACCGAGCCCGCGCUCUCCGUGUGGGCUGUCGCAAACCCUACGCAGAAGCCUUUGAAGAUUGACGGCACAGACGAGACCUACGGUGAUUGGCGGGAUGAUCUGGUUCGCGAUGGUUACGCAAUCAUCAAGGGAGCUAUCCCAGCCGAUAAAGUAGAGAGCUACGCGGAUCGCAUGUACUCACUUAUCGAGGGAUUUGAGCUUGGAUACAACCGCAACGACUCAUCGACGGUCCAUCCCGACAAGCUGCCAGUCAUUAAUGAAAAGGGCAUGCUCUUUACAUAUGCUGCUUGCCACGAGGACUUUGUCUGGGACAUACGCAGCGAGCCCGGUAUCGUCAAUGCAUUCGAGAAAGUAUAUCAGGACGAGGACUUAAUCGUGUCCUUUGAUGCUAUCAACUAUGGCUUCGCUAACCGCACAAACCUUCCUAAGAACUCGCCAUGGCCUCACCAGGACCAGGAUCCUGAGAAGCCAGGUUUCCGCUGCCUGCAGGGUCUUGUUAAUUUGCACCGCGCUGGUCCUAACGAUGGUGGACUGAUCGUGUGCAAGGGAGCUCACUUGCUUAGUGAGCAAUUCCACAAGGACAUGAAGGAUGAGAAGCGCAUCCCCGCCUGGACCCCAGAAUGGUACGGAUACACUGGUGCAGGCAUGAAGUGGCUUGAGGAGCACGGCUGCGAGUGGUACAAGGUCGAGGCUGAGGCUGGCGACCUGAUCGUCUGGGACUCAAGAACCCCCCAUUACAACGUACCUACAACCUCUGAUGUCGACCGCCUAUGUGUGUAUACUUGUUACAUGCCAGUCAAGGAUGCCACACAAGAAGAGCUUGUUCGCAAGAAGGAUGCUUUCGAGAAGCGUCUUGGCACAACUCACUGGCCAAAUGCCAGGAAUAUUGGCUGGAACGAGGCCAAGAGGAAUGGUAAAUUGGACAAGAUCCAGCGCGCAAGGCCUUGGAAGGAACCGAACCUUAGCGAGAGGGCUUCAAAGCUGACAGGCAUCCCAUAUAUUAAGGCUUCUGAAUAA